CAAUAUUUGCUCCAGCAGCUCCUCUAGCUGUAACCUGAACUCUAGCAUGACUGUCACUUUACAAGCAUUUCCUAACUCAGAAAUGAAAGUGAAAGCUGGGGCUGUGAAGGGAGGUGCACAGAAGGCACUGAAAACAGCUUGCGAGAAAGAUUUCUAGACCAAAAAAAUGGAGGGUGAGACCAAAAAAAUGGAGGGUGAGGCAAGUUUUGUGCAUGUUCCGGACACCGAAAACAUACUAAUGGACAGUAAUGAAGAUCAUCUAAGGACUGAGAUAAAGAAGAUGAAGGACCAGUGCACAUCCCUUAACCAUGAUGCAGAUAAAUAUGAAAAAGAAAAGAAUGAUUCAUUGGCGUUUGCAAAGAAACUGCAAGACAAGGUGGACAAACUGCAGAGAUCAAUCACAGAAGAGGAAGCACAUUUCAAAGACAAGGAUGAUUCAUACGAGAAAAACAUUAAAGCCAUAUGGGAAGAGAACCAGGGUCUGAAAAAGCAAAAAGAAGAAUUAGAACAGACAAUAGACAAGGUUAAAGAAAACAUUGAAAAGUUGGAAAAGGUCUCUUCCGCUGGUACAGAGAGGAAAAUGGUUUUUAAGGGCAAAUCUCUUAACAAGAUACCAGAAAACGGGUUGGUGGUCAAACACCGGAUUGUCUAUCCUGUACGAGGGGGAACCGCACUCAUUACCUUUGAGAAACCAGAAGAUGCCAGCAAUAUAAUUCAGAAGGAACGAAUUGAGGUGACAAUUGAGGAAUGUCGGGUGUUUGUGCAAGCUAAGCCUGUGGAACUUAUGUUACUGGAUAGCCUCAAUGUGGAUAUGAGCCUUAGCAGGAAGAAAAUUCUGAUAUCUAAUCUUCCACCUUCCUUAUCUGAAGACAUCCUAUUGGACAAAUUGGAAAUCUUCUUCUGUAAAUCCAAGAAUGAUGGUGGGGAAGUGGAAAAUAGAGAGUUUCUGCCCGACUCCAGGAAUGUAAUCCUGACAUUUUGCAAUGAGAAAGUUGUUCCACAGCUGCUAGAGAAAAAGAAAUUCAAGGUACAUUUUGGGAAUUCUACCCAAGAAGUCCAUGUCACUCCUUCUCUUGACGGCGACAUCAAACAGUUUCAGAUGAAGUAUGUGGAGUGUAACAGAACUGUCCUGAUCACAGGGAUCCCAGACAUAAAGGAUACGGAUGACCUCCGAGAUCUGCUAGAGAUCUACUUUCAGAAACCAAGCAACGGAGGUGGCGAAGUGGAGGCCCUAAUUUAUUGUCCAGAAGGACAGCAAGCUCUGGCUAUAUUUGAAGAUGAUAAUGAAGAAUAGAAAUGGAGAUGUUUAGCAAAAUCCAAGGAACUUUCCUCUAUUCCUACAGAAGAAAUUAUAAGAAAAAGAAAUUCUAAACCAAAGCGUACAUUAUUCACAUUUAUUAUAAUUAUACUGUAUCUUGUGCCAGUUGUCUCUGAAAUUGUUGUUUAACAUUUCUAUAGGCUUCUGCAUGUUCCUACUAACCCAGCUUAAGAAUUAUUGUUUAGUGAUAUAAUCUUCCAUAAAAGAGAUAAUGACAGUAACGGAACUAGGUGGGGGCGGGCCCUGGUGUGGGCUGUGCAGCUGGGCCCCGCCCACCCGGGCCCUGCCCACCCCCCUCCAUAAUGAUUGUUUUCUGUGGCUGCAGCAGAGUGCAGCCGAAAUCAGUGGUGCACGAUCUGCCGGGGGGGGGGGGGUGCGGGCCCUGGUCCAAUUGCACCCCCUGCUCCCCCUGUAGUUACAGCAAAGGAAUUCCAACAGCACACAGGACUGUGAGAAAUCUUCAAAAAUGUAUUUCAAUGCGGAGUGCCCCUGUAGUUACGCCACUGGAUAAUGACGUGCCUUAUUAGAUCGAAUUUUGAGUUAGACCACUGAUAUAAUUUUUCCAUAAAUUAGCAUUCCUACAGAAAUUAAUGUUAUUUUGGGACUUCUUCAUUUUCAGCUAUGGCUCAUUAAAUAAAUUUUACUAUAAAUAAUGAAUAAAUGCAGUUAACUAAGCUUAUGUAUAAUAAUAAUGAAGGUGUUAGAAUAAAAAGACCACUGAAUAAAUGUGCCUGCAAAUCUUCAGAGAAAAUAUAUUUAACUGGUAGAUGAAUCAAACUUUUAUUGAUAAUGACUUUGUAGUUUAUAAAUCAUACUCAUACAUAUACCAUAGUCUUACAAAUAUAUUGUAGCUCUUCCAGUGAAGAAAUAAAUAAUAAAAAGUUAUUGCCUAUUUAUAAAGCUUCAAAUAUGUUAAAAUGUCCAGGAAGUGAAUGAAUUGUGAAGCAGUUUCAGAUCAGACAGUAAAUAGUCAUUGAAAUCCUAUUUUUUUGACAUGCCAUUCCAACUUACAGUUUGGGAAUAAAAUACAAAAGGCUUCUUUGC